AUGGAGAGUAUAGAAGGUGUUCAACCGUCUUCAAGUCGCACACCUGGUGUAGAUAUUAAUGCUAUCGGGACAUUCGAAGGAACCGGCAUAUAUGAUGUCGAUUUAGACUCAUUUGAAGAUAAGCCUUGGAGAAAACCAGGUGCGGAUAUUACGGAUUACUUUAAUUAUGGGUUCAAUGAAUAUACAUGGAAAGCAUAUUGCGCGAAACAAAAACAAAUGCGUGAAGAUCAGCAUCAACGCAAGAAAAUACAUGUAUAUGAAUCUAAACAAGAAAUGAAUAAUUUGCCCGAAUUGCAAUCCAUCAAUCAAUCCUCAUCGGGAGGACAAGAGCAUAAUAGAUUUCCGCAACAACGUGGGCGAGGACGUCGUGGACGAGACCAAGAUGAUUCAGUAAUCCAAGUAGUCUCAAGGAAUCCAAUGGGAAUGGGAAUGUUUCCACCACCGGAAAUGGGAGGCCCCAUAGGACCACCACCGAAUUUUUUCAUGUCAAACCCUGAUAUGCCACCAACAGGUCCAAUGGGUUUCGAUCCAUCAUAUAGAGGUCAACCUAUGCGAAAUAUGAUGCGUCCGGGAGGAAUUCCUGGUAACAUUCCAGGUGGAAUGCCAGGAAUGCCGGGGAUGGCAAGGGGCAUGCCUCCUAACAUGCAAGGCGGUAUUCCCGGUGGGAUGCCUAUGCCUAGAGGUAUGCCUGGAAUUCCUGGAGGAAUCCCUGGAGGGAUGGUCGGACGAGGUCGUGGAAUGCCAAUGGAAGAAAGACCAUACUUUUCAAUGGAUGAACCAACAUGGGAAAUGGAAAAUCGCAACUCUCCGUCUUUUCGUCCUGGACAUGGUGGAUUUCAAGGUAGACCACCGACUGGACCAAUGUUAGGUCCGAGUGGAAAUAGACCAGAUUGGGAACAUUCUCCACCUCCAGAUGCACCAUUUGCACAUAGGAUGCGACCACCUUUCCGUCCCCCUACUGGACCAGCUGGUUCCUCAGUAAAUAGUCCAAGUUCAGAUAGAGAAGAGGAAAGAGGUGGCGAUAGAAGCGCAUCAGGAAGUGUUGAAAGAUCACAUGGAUUUACACGGAGGGAAGAUGAAAGAUGGGAUGGAUCGCGAAAAAGAACUACAGGAGAUGCUCCACGUGAUGACGACGAAAAUAGAAAACGACGACAUUAA